UCAUUCUACAGUGGGGCCAUCGGACGGAAUCCAGUGCAUUGAGAACUCUAGUCGACUCCAUUCAUCGGCACCGGUGAAAACGAUAAUCGAACCUUUGAACACUCUCCUGGUUGUCUUGAGGACAAUAAUCUUCGAACGACUAAAAUGAGCGCCUCAGGAGAAUUCGGAAUCGGGAUGAACAGCGCGGGGGGCAACGGGGGUGGAGGAGCGAAUUCCGUGGCCGCCGACAUUCCAGAAUUGUUCCAAGUCGGCUGUGUUGUGACUGUGGAGAACCUUUGCAAGGAACGAUUCCAAGGCGAGGUGAUCGCUUUCGACGAGGAGCACAAAGCUCUUGUUCUUAAGUGUCAGACGGCAGACCGUAAGACCAACGAUGUCCGCGUGGUCAAUUUGCUGUGUGUGACUAAUAUAAAUAUCGAAUCGGAAGCAGGAACGACUGCUCCGUCUCCUCCCGCACAAAUAAACAUCGAGAAGGUUCGAGCUCGCAUAAAGAAGAACAAUGAUGAGCGGAGGAAAAUGGCCGCUGCGAUCGCGAAAGGAGUUUCAGGAGAGGGCAUAAGCCUAUUCCUGGCCAUUAGGAAAACCAUUGAAGAGGUCACGUGGCAUGAUCGAGAUAUUCUUGUCAUGAACUCGGUUCGCAUUCAGCCUCCAUACCAACCCGAGAACUGCGUGCCCAGCCAUGACGCGGCCGGACUUGAUCAUCAGUCUGUCGCGCACGUGAAGAACAUCGUCGAAAAGCAUCUCAAAGACUUGAAGCAAAUGGACGUCUCUUCGCUGUCGAAAGCCAGUUUGAAGGACAAACCCUGAGAGAAAGAACGCGGAACCGCCCCACGGAAGUCGUCGAUAUAUCCAUAGGUCAACGAAGCGUGACCAUCGGAAAAUACAUUUAUUUUAGUUAAAAAA